AUGGAAUUAAAUCAAAUUUUUGAGAAGACAGUAAGCCAUCACAAGAAAGAUUUGGCAGAUCAGCUUGAUGAUGCACUUUGGGCUUAUAGAAUGGCUUACAAAAUAGCUAUUUGGGUAACACAUUACAGGCUGGUCUUUGGGAAAGCCUGUUGUUUGCCUGUUGAAUUGGAGCACAGAGCCUACUGGGCCAUUAAGCAGUUAAAUUUCGAUCCUCACCUAACUUACCAUAAGAGAAAGUUCCAAUUGAAUAAGUUUGAUGAAUGGAGAGCUAUGACAUUUGAGAAUUCUGUACAUUACAAGGAAAAGGUGAAAGAGUACCAUGACUGA